AUGGCUCAAACGGUUGCUAUGGAGGGACGACAAUCCCACGGAGUUCAGGGACGAUGCUUAACGGUACGCGUUUUCGUACGAGCUCCGGAUGCACCUGUGGAAUCCGCCAAAUACAUGGGCCAUGGAAUCUGUACAAAAGCCAGUCGAAUGCAUUCGUUUCCGGAACCAACGGCUGAUGUCGAGUUACUGCAACGCACCACUCUGAGUCUUCUUCGUCAACUGUGUCCAGAUCCAAAGGAAUUACGUGGGAUCCGUCUCCGGUUGACCGUAUUUCACGAUAUGCGUCUCGCAUUUUGCAGCCGCAAUCUGCAGUCUACCACACUUGGACUUCAGAUGAAUAAGCUGUGUGCCUCAGAAUCGUCAUCCGGGCAUUCUAAGCCAAUCACUAUGAAAAAUCCGGUGUCCACGAAAGAUAACAUCUCGCCAACCAUUUCGACACCAUCGCCUGUAAAAUCAUCGAUCGAAAAGAUUGCUUCGGACCCAUUAUCUCAAUCGUUUAUCACUCCGGUUAGGCCUGUGUUCACUUCCGAAGCAAUAGUCACUCCUCAGCAAACCCGGCGUCGAUCUUUGCGAUUGAAACCACGUGUAUCACCUCCAAAUAAUAUUUCGCCGCCAAUAUCUCGUUUCAACUCGAUGGAGGAACAGAUCAUCCGGUGCAAUCGAAUUGAAGUCCGUGAAGCUGAACCGGUCGAUAUGGCCCCGGUUCCGCCAAGCACGCCAUGUCGCCGGAGUCAGGAAAGUCAUGAGAUGUUCAAGGACAAUUUCCGGCUGGAGGAAUCUAAUGGUGGUCCUCCUAUUUGCAGCACACCUCGCCUUCCGCCUAAGUUACCGCCACAGAUAGCGUCAGUCGUGUCACGUGGUCAACCUGUUUCCAAGUGUUCUCGCGGGGGUUUACAUUCACAUACUCGGCAUUUGCCAAAGCCCAAUUCUCCCAAGAAGGUUUCUGUCAUCGCAGAUCACCUAGAUUCGGGCCCGGGUUCAGUUACACAAGCAAUCUCGAACCCAAUCGGUCUUUUUGAGGGAAAAUCCUUGGAUCAGCUGAAAACAAUUUUCGCCGAUUGGAUCACCAGUGAACCAUGUCCGCUUAUCGAGGACAUCUGCAUCCUGGCCACCUAUUUGACCCGUUUGGUCCCCUUCAACCUGGAUCGCGUUCGGAGUUGCCUGAUAAUACUGGACCGAUUGAUUACUCAGCUAGCCGAACCGGAGAUUUCGAGCACGCCUGAAUCCCACUGGAGAGAUGCGUAUUGUCGAAUCNCGACUUUCAACUGUUUCGUAGCUUCUGUACUGUCGCUGAAACAUGACAUCAUUUUUGUAUGUCGUCUAUUCGAGUUAACGAUGUGA